GUAAUUUUGACCAACGGUUGGUCUUUCUCCAUUCAAGUAGAUAGGAGCUGCACUGGCGUGACUGUAAAUAGCGUCCCGAUGUCCGACAGUGGACUGACUUGCUAGAGAGACUUUGAUAUAAAGUCUCUUAUAAAUAUGGGCAGUCACGGGUUGUUUUAUUGGCCUUGUUUCCAGAAUACAGUCACGUAUUUUGGGCUGGAUUGUGCCGUCAGUUAUUCUGAAGAGAAUAUAUUCGUCUUUUGAGCUGAUUGUAAGAAAUAAUGGCAGAAUCUUCAGAAAGUGAACUUCAGGUGCAGUUCAGCUGUCCGGUCUGUUUGGAUCCACUGAAGGAGCCGGUGAUGAUUCCAUGUGGACACAGUUACUGCAUGAGCUGCAUUACUGACUGCUGGGAUCAAAAGGACCAGAUGCCACCAUACCGCUGUCCCCAAUGCAGAGAGACCUUCACUCAAAGACCUGCACUGAAAAAGAACACUGUUCUAGCUGAGAUGAUGGAGAAGCUGCAGAAGACAUCCAUACAAACUGCUUCCUGUUCUCAGGAGGACUCUUGUGUGGAGUGUGAUGUUUGUACCACAGAGAAGAAUAGAGCUGUAAUGUCUUGUCUGCAGUGUUUGGCCUCCUUCUGUGAAACUCAUCUGCAGAUUCACUAUCAGUCUCCUGCAUUUAUGAAGCACAAACUGGUCAAAGUCUCCAUGCAAAUUCAAGAGAACGUUUGCCUCAAUCAUGGAAAACUUCUGGAGAUUUACUGUCAGGAUGAUUUGCAGUGCAUUUGUUACUUGUGCAUGAUUGACAAUCAUAAAGGCCACAGUGUGGUAUCUGUGGAAUGUGAAUGGACUAAGAAAAAGAAGAUGUUAAAGAAAAAAAUGGUGAAAUGUCAAAAGAUGAUCCAGGAGCGAGAGAGAGGUCAACAAGAACUCAGUGAGGCUGUGAAGUCUUUUAAUAUCUCUGCACAAGAGGCAGUAGAGGACAGUGAGAAGGUCUUCUCUGAGCUCAUCUCCUCUCUUGAGAAAAAACGCUCUGAGAUUAAAGAUCUGAUCAGAACUGAAGAGAAAGCUGAGAUAGAUCGAGCAGAGAAACUUCACAAACAGCUGGAUCAGGAGCUGACAGAACUCAGACAAAGAGACGAGGAGAUACAGAAACUUUUAGAUACUGAAAAUCAGGUCUUUUUUCUGAAGAGUUUUUAUUCCCUGUUUGUCUUACCCAAAUAUGAAGACAUGCUCAGCAUCACUCAGCAUCCUCAACUGUCUUUAAAAGCUCUAACAAUCUCAGGAUUCAAAGAGGUUUUGGAAGAUUUUUGUCAACAGGAAACAACCAGAAUGUCUCAAGAUGUGUCAAAUGUGGAUGCUGCAGAGUCUCCAGACCCAAAGACUCCAAAUGAAUUCAUGCAGUAUUUCCAUGAGCUUCAUCUGGAUCCAAACACGGCACACAAAAACCUCAAACUGUCAGACGGGAACAGAACAGCAUCGCACACAUGUGAAGCCCGGGAGUGUCCUGAUCAUCCGGACCGAUUUGAUACUUUACAUAACACCCUGUGUAGAGAGGCUUUGGAUGGACGUUGUUACUGGGAGGUUGAGUGCAGUGGAUUUGAACUGACUGUAGCAGUUUGCUAUAAAGGGAUUGGUCGGAAAGGGAAAGGUAAAGCCUGUAGACUUGGCUUUAACAAAAAUUCCUGGAGGUUGACCCGCUGUCUACGGAAAUUCUAUUUUAGACACAAUACAGAAAAUGUCCCUAUCCCUGCGGUCUGCUCCUCUAGAAUAGGGGUGUAUCUGGAUCACAGAGCAGGAACUCUGUCCUUCUACAGUGUUUGUAAGAAAAUGAUUCUACUGUACAGAGUCCAGACCACUUUUACUGAACCUCUCUAUGCUGCAUUUGGGUUUGGAGCAGGUUCAUCUGUCACAAUUAUGGAUAAGGAGGGAGUUCAGACAGACCGAUAAUAUAAAAAUGUUUUGUUUGGCUAAAUAAUACCAUAAGUAUUGCCUGAAAUUUUCAAAAAUCAAUAUAUACUCUGUGUGUGUGUGUGGGCGCGCGUGCGCGCAACAGUUAGUUCCGGUCCUCAAAUCUGAUUGGACGAGAGACGUUCUAUAAGUACUGAUGGUCUGACACCAUCAGCACUCGGACGCUUCACUGUGUUUGUAUCACUCUACUUGUGUUUGUGCCAUUCUAAAUUAAAGAGUAAGAGCAGUGCAGAUGUGUUAAUGGCUAUCUGUCUCUUUUCAUUUAAUUUUGUGUCAUUACAUAUUUUAACCAGCAGGUGGAAGCGAAAGACCAUUUCUGUGUGUAGUAUGAGCCAGUUGGUGACGUGAAGUCAGUGUCAGUCAGUGUCAGUCAGUGUUUAUAUUCAACAAAACUCUGUGAUCUCUUGUAUUACUACUAAAGCUAGGAAAUAGAUUUAAACAAACAACUUCAGCAUAAAGGCUCAUCACAGCUGAGAGACACAACAGACUGAUUAAUUACACAAAUUCAAGGUGCUUCUCUUACCGGAGUUUCCACAUUGUAGUGAAAAUACUGUUCAAAAUGGCGGAGGACAUUGCGGCUUCAAUAGUGAUUUACUUUUGUGCAUUAGCUACCACGAAAUGGGGAGGAAUAUGGCUAGUUUUCCACUGAGAAAAUAGGAUGAAUUUCACCAAAAACACAUUAUCUUCAGAAAGCUGAUUAACAGACUACAGCAUCAUCAACAGGUGAUCGCACUCUCUCUCUCUCGCUCUCACUCACUCUCAAUCUCUCACAUACACAAAUCCUUGUUUCUCCAAUAAAUUGUUAGAAACAGCACAAGCCGUGAUACUAUUUCUAAAGUGACGUUUUUUACUU